GGGGUCGUUCUUGGAUCAUUGAUUCCGGAGCAAGUGAACAUAUCAUUUGUAAUAAUGAUGGUCUCAUUAACAUCCAACCCCAUGUUUCAACACCAACGGUAAAAAUUCCUAACGGUGACUCAGCUUCUGUUCAAGCUAUCGGUAGCUUAUGCCUAUUCAAUGGCCUCCGACUACAAAGAGUCCUAUAUAUUCCAGAUUUCAAGUGCAAUUUACUCUCAGUCAACCGUCUUAUAAAUGAUUGUAACUGCACACUUACAUUUUUUAAUGAUUUGUGUAUUUUACAGGACUUACCCUCGAGGAAGCUGAUUGGGGUGGGCAAAUGUCGUGAUGGUCUCUAUUAUUUAGAGUCACCAGAAAAUAAGGGAGUGGCAAUGUCAGUUUCUAUUAAUCUUGAUUUGUGGGAUCAGCGGCUGGGACAUGCUUCAGAUCAAAGGUUACAUAAUAUUGCUAGUCUCCAAGGGUCAAAGCGAUUUAACAACUUCUGUGACUCCUGCAUACGAGCAAAGCAGACUCGUCUACCUUUUCCAGUCAGUAUCAUUAAGACAACUUGUUGUUUCGAAUUAAUACAUUGUGAUAUUUGGGGUGGCUAUAAGUGUGAUUCUAUUACCGGGGCACGUUAUUUCUUGACCAUAGUUGAUGAUUUCACAAGAGCUGUUUGGGUCUAUUUAAUAAAAAAUAAAUCUGAGGUUCCCCAAGUACUAAUUCAGUUUUUUAAAA